AUGGAAGUGAAAGUGACAAGCACCACCACCCUCACAAGCCCCCUCUCUCAACCUUCCGAAGUCCCCCUCACCAUCUUCGACCGCUUCGCCCUCAACAUUCACGUCGCCAUCCUCUAUGCCUUCAGUCGUCCCACCUCCGCCAACGCUAACAUCAUCUCCGCCCUCUCCAAGAUCCUCGUCCACUUUCCAACUCUCACCGCCAACCUCUCCACCAACUCCCAUGGCCGCCCUUGUCUCACUGUCGGAGGCCCUGAUGGAGGUGCGCUCGUCGUUGAAGCAACUGUCUCAUCCAAACUAGAAGAUCACCUGCCUCUCACUCCCUCACCAGACUUCAGACUCCUCCAUCCUGAAGUCAAUGACGCAAAGCACUUGCUCCAAGUUCAGCUCAACCGAUUCGAGUGCGGCGGGUUGGUCAUCGGCAUCACCAGCCACCACCGUGUCGCUGAUGGCCAGUCGAUGAGCUCCUUCUUUCUAGCAUGGGGGAAGAUGGUACGUGGUGUCCCCAUUGAUCCACUUCCAGUCUAUGAUCAGUCAUGGCUCAAGCCUCGAGAUCCUCCUCUGGUGCAGUUCGAUCACUGGGGGACUGAUUUCAUACCUCUCUCUCCUCAACCAAAUGAGUUUAAGGCCACUCCAGUUUAUGCUGAUCCUAGUGAGAUCACCAACAUGUUGUUUCACUACACUCCAGAGUUCAUUAUGAGGCUCAAAGCUCACACCAAUAAAUUGAGCACUGAGAAGUACACCACGUUUGAGACGCUGGCAGGGUAUAUAUGGAGGAAGGUGACAAUAGCACGUCAGUUGGAUGAUGAGGAGGGUACCAUGCUGAGUGUGCCAGUGAAUGGUAGGCGUCGAUUACAGCCUCCGAUGCCGUCGGAGUUUUUUGGUAACUUGGUUCUGGAUGUAUAUCCAAAAGCAAAAGCAAGAGCAUUGAUUGAAGGAGGGGUGGCGAAGGCAGUGGGGAUUGUUCGGGAAGCUGUUCGAGCCAUCGGGAAUGAUUAUUUCAGGUCAUUUAUUGACCUUGCUGAAGUUUACAAAGAUAGAAAUCUUGUGCCUUGCUAUGAGACAGAUGGCAAUGUGCUUUCACCAAAUAUGGAGGUUGAUAGCUGGUUAGGGUUUGGGCUUGAUGAGAUUGAUUUUGGUGGAGGUGGGAAGCUUUGUGGUAUUUCACUAACAUGGGUGCCUUUUGAAGGGUUGUCAAUCUUCAUCCCUUCAUUGUCUCAGGAUGGUGGCUUGGAUGUUUUUGUUUCUUUGCUUGAAAAGGAUGCAAUGAGAUUUAGGGAGAUAUCUCACUCUUUGGAUUAG